AUGCUUACACUUAUCUUAUUUUCAGUUAUUCUUAUUCUUAUUGUAACGUACAUUUUUAUCCAGUUUAAACAAUAUGAUUAUUUUAAAUCACGUAAUAUUUCUGGUCCAACACCCUCAUUUUUCUGGGGCAAUUUGAAUACAUUAUGGCAUGUCAAAUCAUAUUCGCGACAAUUAGCUGAGUGGACAAAAAAAUAUGGCAGAAUUUAUGGUCUCUUUGAGGGAACGACGCCGCUAUUUAUCGUGUCUGACGUUGAAUUUCUCCAAGAAGUAUUUAUCAAACAAUUUUCAAAUUUUUCCAAUCGAAAAAUGACAGUAUUUACAAAACUCGCUAAUGGAAAACGAGCACAUUUGUUUGGUGCAGAAGGUUCACAAUGGCGAAGGCAACGACAUGUAAUUAAUCCAACAUUCUCAGCAUUGAAAUUGAAACAAAUGUCAUCGCUUAUUAAUGAUUGUAUUAAUGAAUUAAUGAAAAAAUUACCUAACUACAGUGAAACACGGGAAGAAUUCAAUAUUUAUGCCUUAUAUAAAAGAAUGACAAUGGAUGUCAUUUGUCGAUGUGGUUUUGGAGUCGAUACCGAUAUGCAAAAUAACGAAGACAAUAUCUAUCUAAAAAAAUGCGGCCAAGUAUUUGCAAGUGAUGUCCGAAAACUACCGUUGAUGAAACUAGGAACGUUAAUUCCUUCAUUAGGUGUAAUUUUCGGUAAUUUGCUCCUGCUUCAAAACAUUGUUGCCCGAAAUUUGAGCAAAAUAUUUCCAUCAUCAAUCCUAAAUUUUCAAGAAACACCAGGUUUCUGGUUGAGACAUCGUGUACAAGACAUCAUUCAAAUGCGAUCAGACUCGGCCAAACAAAGAGUCGAUUUGAUGAAUUUGAUGCUUGAAGCUGCUAGUCGAGAAAACAUAGAGGAUAAACCUGAUAACGACACCAAUACGAUUGACCGUGAUCAAUCUGUACCGAAAAAAUUGACGUAUGAGGAAGUUAUCAGCAAUGUCAUGCUUUUUAUGCUAGCUGGCUAUGAAACAACAUCUACAGCCUUGGCUUAUGCCACCUUCGUCCUGGCAAAUCAUUCAGAUGUUCAACAAAAACUUCAGAACGAGAUCGACCAACAUUUUCAAGACAGUGGUGCUGAAGAGACUAUUCGAAAUCCUGACUAUGAUUUGGUUCAGAACAUGCCUUUCAUGGAAAUAUUUGUCAAAGAAGUAUUACGAAUGUAUCCGAUCGCUAGCACGGUAAUUAAUCGUCGAUGUAUGCACAACACGGAUGUUUGCGGCAUCAAAGUUACUGAAGGUGCAGUAGUACAACCAGACCUCUAUACGAUUCAUUAUGAUCCCGAAUUGUGGGGACCUGAAGAUCCAAAUAUAUUUUAUCCUGAACGACACUUGACCAAACGACACCCGUUAGCUUGGAUGCCAUUCGGUAAUGGUCCACGCAACUGUGUGGUUAAGGGCGAUCAACUGGAAAGCAAGUUUAACAUUAAUGAAGCUGCGGUCAUUGCACCAGAAGAAGUCUGGAUUCAUCUGGAGAAACGUUAUUGA